AUGCGUGCUGUAUAAAACGAACCUGUUUACUGGGAAUGCAGAGUAGAUGUACUAGUCGUAUCUUGAGUGGUGCAAGCCGGCUUCUUUCGAUACGAUGCAACUCGUCAAGUUGCUGGAAGUGCGGAUUAUCUCUUCGCAACAAGCCAUUUUACUUGUUCUGUGGUUGCUCUUACAAUGUUCUGUUGCCGCCAUACGCAGAUGAUUAUUUUGCAGUUUUUGGAAUCGCAAGAUCAUUGGAGAUCGAGACUCGGCAACUAACAGCUCGAUUCAGAGAAUUACAGAAUUUGAUUCACCCAGAUAAAUUCAGUCAGAAAUGCCAGAAUGAACGGAUACAUUCUGCUCAGCAGUCAGCAUUUGUGAACAGAGCAUAUAAAACACUAUUGGACCCACUUUCUCGAGGUCUCUACUUGUUAGCAGAACAUGGAAUUGCUAUAACAGAAGGGGAAAUAAACACAGACAUUGAUUUUAUGAGUGAGAUGAUGGAGCUGAAUGAAUUAGUAGCAGAUGCAGCUUCUAAUGAGGAUGUCAAACAACUUUUUACAACUGUAAUGGAUAAAAUGCAACUUUGCUGGCAAUCAGCAGUUAAAGCACAUUCCACAGGUGACAUGGAUGAAGUUCGAAGUAGCCUUGUUCAUAUGAGGUACUACAAAACAAUACAAGAAAGAUUGACAGAAAAGACAAGUGAUCACUUAGCUGAACACAUUUCUACUUCAAAGUAACUAUAACUACCA